AUGGAUCAAACUAAUGUUAGCUUUGCACACCACCAUGUUCAAAGUGUGAAAAUACUGAUGAAGAUUGUACUGAAUGCAUCUCCACUUUUACAUUAAGUUAGAAUAUACCAAAUAAAUGUGAAUGCUAAUCCAACUAUUUUUAGGUUGAUUCUCAAACAUGUUAGCAAUGCAUCAGUCCAUGUUAAACUUGUGAAUAGAAUGAGAAUCACUGUCUAUCAUGUGUUGAUAGUAAUUAAAUUUUAACUAAUUCAAACUUUUGCGAAUGCAAGUCAGGUUGGAUUUUAAAUACUGAUGGUAUCACAUGCAUCAAAUGUUAAUUGCCAUGUUUAGAUUGUGUAGAUACAAUAGAUAAAUGUAUCAUCUGUUAAGAUCAAUUACAUUAAUAACCUGACUCUUGUGAAUGUGAUUCUGGAUGGAUAUUUGAUGAUAAUUACUUCUGCAUGCCUUGUAUAGAACCAUGUUAAACUUGUGAUAUAUCUACCACUAAAUGCUCGACAUGCAUUGAUCCUCAUCAUUAACUUAAUGAUUUAUCCUAAUGUGUUUGCUAAUCUACUUAUUAUUCUAAUACUCUACUCACAUGUGCAAAAUGUUAAGAACCUUGUUUUGAAUGUGAUUCUAAUGGGUGUAUUAAUUGCAUAGAUAUUAAUCAAAUCUUAGAUUCCGAUAAAUAAUGUGUUUGUAAACCUGGAUAUUUCUAAUAAGGUAUUUUAUGUAUUCAAUGUUAAAAUCCAUGUUCUACUUGUAUUGAUGCUAUUAAUAAAUGUUUGACAUGUGUGGAUCUUAAUUAAAUUGUCAAAGAUUAUUAAUGCCUAUGUAAAGAAGGAUUUGUGAAAAAAGGAGACUUUUGUUGUGAUUAAUAUUGUAUAGAUUGUUAAGGAUUCGAUAAUUGUAUUAAUUGUAUGAAGGGAUACUAUUUAACCUCCAUUAGUAGAUGUUUUAAAUGUAUUGAUCACUGUGAUAUUUGUUAAAAUCAAAUCAAUUGCCAAAUCUGUUAAGAUGGAUACUUUCUAAAUGAAUUGAGUUUAUGUGAAAAAUGUCUUCCUUAUUGUAAGUUAUGUGGAAAUUAAUUUAAUUGUGAUAUAUGUUUAGAUGGCUAUUUUCAACUGGAGUAGAAAUGUGAGUAAUGCAAUCAAAAUUGUUUAACUUGUAAUGAAUUAUCUGAAAAAUGUCUUACUUGUAGAUCUAAUUACGAAAUUAAUCCUUAAAAUUAAUGUAUAUGUAAAGUUGGAUAUUAUGAAUAGUAAAAUCAAUGUUAGAGAUGUGAAUACCCAUGUAAAAAAUGUUUAAGUAAAACUCUAUGUUAAGAAUGUGUUAUGCUAUCUAAUUUACAUUUAGAUUUGAAUUUUCAAUGCAAUUGCAGUCCAGGAUACUUCUGGAAUUAAAAUAGUUGUUCUUAAUGUUAUUAAUCUUGCCUUAAUUGCAUUGAAAAUUAAUUUCAUUGUAUAAGUUGUGAUAAAAGACUAAAUAGAAUUUUAAACAAUAAAAAAUGUGUGUGUAUUGAAAAUUAUUUUGAAAGCGAAGAUGGAGUAUGUAUUUCAUGUUUAAAUUAAUUGGGGAAAUCUUAAGAAAGUUGCAAAUAUUAAGAUUGUAAAGAUUUAAUUUGGACAUAUGGAGAAGAAUGUGAUGAUGGAAAUUAUGUAAAUAGAGAUGGUUGUUCUAAUUGUAAAAUUGAUCAUAACUACUCUUGUUCUAAUGAAAUACUACAAUAAUCCAUUUGUUUCUAAUGUUCAACUAAUUGCAUUAAAUGCUAAGUGAAUCCUUUAACAAAAAAAUCUUAAUGUAUAUAAUGCAAAGUUGGCUAUUUUUUAGAUAAAAAUGAUUGUGUUGAAUGCUCAAUCAAUUGUUUGGAAUGUAUGGAUUAAGCUAAUAAUUGUAUAAGUUGUAAGUUUCCAUAAUAGAAGAAUUAAAAAUGUUAGCUCUGUUAAUCAGGAUAUUAUGCAGACGAGAUAAAUGGAACUUGUUUAAAUAAAUGUGGAGAUUAUAUUAAAGUAAACGAAGAGGAAUGUGAUGAUGGAAAUCUUAUUAAAGGUGAUGGGUGUGAUGAUUAAUGUAAAUCAGAAAAUAAGUACAUAUUUCUGAAUGGAGUAAGUAUCGUACCAAAUUAUCCAAAACCAUAAUUAUAGAGUGUAGGGACUUCUUAGAUUUACUCUGCUAUAAGAAUAUUUAAAUUAUCUUUCACCACUCAAAUUGUUAUAACUGAUGGCUUUCAAAUUAAAGAUUAUCUGACUUUUCAUAUAAAAAACAAUAUUGAAACUACAUAAAUGGAUUAGUCCAUUAAACUCAAUCAAGAUACUUCAUAAAUUAAUGAGUUUAAUUCAACUGAGUUAAUUUUGAUGAUAAAUAUCACUUUCUUGAGAAGUUCACAAGAUGAAAUCCUCUUGAUCAAAUUCUUAAACAACUCAGUUAUUUAAUCAAAUGAAGGAUACUCCUAAAUUGAAACUGAAGUCUUUUGCCUUAUACCAAAAGUGAUAUACAUAGAUGAUGUCACCAUUGCUCAAGUGCAAUUAACAACGAAGAGUAAUUCUUAUAUGCUAUAUUUUAUUGGGGCAAUGUGCGGAGGAUCAGUGUUAUUUGGAGGAGUUGAAGUUUUUUUUAAUUUGUUGGAUACUCUCUAAAUGCUAUCAUAUUUGAAAUACAUUAACACACAACUACCAUAUAAUUUAUAAGCAUACUUUGAACUUUUUGGAUUUGCUUAAUUUAACUUUAUCUAAAAGAUUUUUGAUUUUUCAGGAUAUAUUGAUUAAAUGCUGAAUAUGCAACAUUAAAAGAAGAUACCCACUAAAGUUGCAAGUGAUGAGAUAACAUCACUAUUUAUUAUUAAUUCUGCAACAAUUACUACAGUUUGGAUCUCUCUAUUUAGUAUCUAUGCAAUUGCAAAAGUGAUACCUAAAAUUCUAUAUUCAUUUAAGUUUAAAUUUUAUUCUGAGAUUUAAUCAGAAAAUUCUUGGCGUGUCUAAGUUGGAGUAUACUAUUUAACUAUUAAAUAUAUUAUAAAUAGAUUGUGCUUUACUAUUAUUUCAGAAUUCUUUUAUAGUGGAAUCUUACGAGCUCAUAUGGCCACUGCAUAUGAUUUUACUUUCAGCUUAGUAUUGUAAUUGUAUGCCUUAGAAAUUAACUCACCAAAUAUGUUUAUCAGAUUAAGUUCAUUAUUAGCUUGUGUAGCAAGUGCACUAUAUGUUUUUAGCAUAUAUUUUGUAAUCAAACUAUCUUAAAUGAAGAAAUAUGCUUUUAAUAAUAAUGUUAUCUAAACUAAGUAUGGAUCUAUUUUUGAUGGAAUUAAGAUUACUGAAUUUUCCAAAUAUCUUAAUGCUAUUCUUCUAAUUAAAAAACUUAUCUUUAUGUUAUUAUUAAUUUUCGCAUAUGAAUUUCCAAUUUUUUAAACUGUCAGUAUUACACUUCUAUCAACCUCGAUGAGUCUAUUUUACAUCUUAUUUAAUCCAUUAGAAGAUAAAUUGGAGUAUUUUAAAUAGUUAUUUAGUGAAGUUAGCAUCUCUUUUACAUUAUUGAGUAUUACAAUUCUUACAUGUGAUUUUGAAUUAUUAUAUUUUUCAUAUGAGAUCAGAUAAUAUUUUGGUUGGGGUUGCAUAUUUUUUAUGUCAUCUAUAUUAUGCAUUCAAUUAGGGAUUGACGGCUUUUAAUAGUGGAAGUUUCUUUUUAAGAAGUAUAAGCAAAUUAAAAGACUAGCUUAAUAAAUUCUUGGAGUAUUUUAAUAGAACAAUAAAGUAACUGCCCAAUCUAGUGUUUUCUAUUGA